GCUAGAUCUUGUCACAGACAAGUAGACUGAUUCUACAUAUGCGUAUAUUUAUGUACAUAUAUAUAACUAACGAUUUGUGUUGUGUUGAAUGCUAGUUAUAGAUUAAGUCCAAGCACUUUGGUACGAAAUCAACCAACUGUGAAAAUAGAUUAAAAUCGUUUGUUCUUGCAAACAAGCACGCAUGUACAGAAACAUAUGAAGUUAGAUUCGGCUUGUGACGCUCAGAAUAUAGGCUACUACUACACAUGAUGGAAGGCUGAGUUCAGCAUUUGUAUGGUUUCAGUAUAGGUGUACUAAGUUUUGACCAAAGUCUACUGGAGCAUUUUAGUACAAGUCCAUAAAUGUUGCUGACGUACAUACAAGUUAUCAUAAAAUGGAUUCAAGCUCUUUUCGAAAGUUUCCAGUUGCUUGUACAAGCCACAAGAGAAGAAGCGAAACGAGUAGUAUUCCACUGAGUGCAUACAAACUACUUAGACGAGCUUGUUAUUUGUAGCAGACUACUACUGUGUGAAACCAGACGAGCAGGUUUGUUUUUAAGCUUUGGAGGGAUUUAUGUGGAAAUAAAUAGACAUGGGUCUGGGAAUUGUUCAAGUCUUCCUUGCAACUUUCUCAGCAUUAGUCCAAUUCAUGUUAGUUUAUAGUAAGUAGUAAGAAGAAACACACAGGAAGUUGAAUGGAGGCAUAAAACUUGUUACAUAGAGCAUACGAGGUUGAAGCUACUUGCUAGUCUGCUAAUGGCCUGACUGAUAACAAACUACUCUAUCAUAUAUCUAAUGAUGAUGUGAUAUUAUAGCUCAAGAUGGAAAAGAAAACUAAUAAGGACACGAUAUUUCGACGUGUUUCUAAGCUUUUAGGUUGGAAAAGGGUUCACAGUGACCGAACGUCUUCUCUUUCUGAGCUCUCUGGUUAUGGAAUUUCUAUGAAAAAAAAUAUCUGUCAAAAUCCUCCGCUGUUUCGCCAAUCCUUCAGAAAUAAGACGUCUGCGAGCAGAGUUAAAAUAUCGGAUUCAGCUCUGAACAGAUCGUGGUCACAGUGUGAUAUUGGAAAUUCAGACCCUUCCAGAAGUGUACAAAGUCGUUGGAACUCGAAAAGAGGGUUGAGAGAAAAGAGUGAAGAAGGUCUUCGAGCCAGUAAUCACCCACAAAACCAAAAUGGACAGGAGAUGGGGAGAUUCAAAUCCUCACAUGCACGUGCUCGUUCAUUAAGCGACUAUGAAAGUCCCCUAUGUGAAAAUAUCCACAGCAGGAUACCCAUCCAUAGAGAAAUGAAACAUCUUCAUAAAAAGUCAGACCAAACAGCUUCGAACUUAGUGGGUGUUGAGCCAGUGGUGAAUAAUUUUAAUCAACUAAUUGGUUCUCUUGAUUCACAACGCCACCAUCGGUCAGCGCGGUAUCUCACUAAAGAUUCAGGAUAUGAGGGAGAACCGGAUUAUGCUAAUACUGAUUGGUUAACUGCUGAACAAGGGUUACACACACUCAGCGGUUCACUGUCAUCUGUUCACUUAGACCAAAGAAACAUCAGCCAGUCAAUGUCAUCGCUUGGACUUGGUGUAGGGCAAGCUGAUGAUAACAGGAAUCGUGUAGGACACGGACUCUCAUCACAUAUAGAUCCGUGGAAAUCACAGUAUUACCGGCAGUCCGAAGAUCCAUUGGUGUCUAUCAAACCGCUAAGUUUUUCGAUCACAUCUCCUCAAAAACUACGACAUCACCAUUCCAGUUCCGAAUCCUUAAGUAGCCUGCGUUCUGCUCCAGGAGGGCAACUGUCAACGAUCAGCCAAACUACUAUCAACUUUCUUCUUGAUCUAGGGAAGUCUGAAACUUCCAGUGUGUCGCAACCGGAAAGUCACUUCUGUCCUACUUUAGCUCACAGCACGGAAGAUAAUACAAUGGUCACACGCAGAUUCAAGAAAUCUGUUUACAAAGAACUGGCAUCAAAAAGUGGUUUUGAUUUUACACCUGUCGUUCAGGGGAGAACUGAAUCUGAAAAACAGGGGAAUACAAAUAAACCUACAGAUGUUUCUAGUGUGCCACAAAGUUAUCAAAAUUCUCUAGAUGGUAAGAAUAAUAUGGAUUUUUGUAAACAGACGACCAUAUAUUCUAAUAAAACACAAGAUGUUUCGCAGAACGUAUCCAACGUUUUUCAAAAUCGACAAGUAGGUAAUGGAGGUGAAUCGCAAAGUGUAGAAAACAUUACUAGGAAGGUGAGCGAUCUUCCGGAACGCUUUUAUUGUAAUACAUUAGCAGGAAAGGAAAACCCGGCAUAUUGUCAAAAAGAACAGCCGAAAUUUGUUGUCACUGAUGUUUUGCAUGAAAAAUGUCCAUCUUGGCCAGCAACAGCAGUAAAUUCAGAAGGUACUUCACCAAUCUCAGCGGUUAACUACAGAUCUCACUCUUGGUCUAACCAAACAGAUUACCCAAAACUUCGCGUUGUGUAUUCCCGUCCAAAAAAAUCUUACAAAAUGUGCACUAGCCAACUUCCACCGGUCUUAGAAAAAGGUACUGAAAGCUCAAAAAGAAAAAAUAUAGCAGACGUGGAAAACCAACCCACUGCACUCCUUUUAUCCUCGAGUGCUAACCACGAAGUUGGGUAUAAGCAAGUAAUGAAUCGACGUUGUUCUGAGGGACUACAAGUUCCUCAAGGUGACAUUCGUUCUGCUAAUGUUUCAGAAGUACAUGGAAGAAACAUCAUCCAAACACCUGCUGAACGUGAUGUUUCUUACCAAACCCAAGAACCCAAGAUGGAACCGUACUGGGGGAAGUACCAUGAUUUUUUGAAGCACUAUAGUGAAUACGCACCAUCACAGUCUUCAGCUUACGGAAGUCUUUCAUCGUGGGACGGGUCAGCUUCAGAAUAUGGGACAAACUUAUUGAAACAGGAUUAUGUUGAAAACCGAAAUCCAUUAAGUCUUGAAUGUCGCGGAUCUUUCAGGAUUGCACAAAGCGCCAUUGAAAUGCCAAGUAAAAUCGAAGAGAUUAGAAAUGCAAAUAAUCAAGAGACUUUACCUUGGCAUGGUUCUUAUAGUGAUCUAAGUUCGCUGAGCAUGCAGCUUUCCAAUCGGUCUUCUCUGCUUGAUAGUGGAUUAUCGACAUUACCGGAUAGUGGUCGCUUGUCUCCACAAUCUUCUUGUGGAAGCCGUUUCACAACUACGUCACUCGAAUGUGGAUUAAGAGCUCAUUUAGUGGCAAAAAAUGGGAUUAAUCAAGAAAAUGUGGUCCACAGUUCCAGAGUUCAACAACCAGUUCGCCACGACUCUCAAAGUGUUGUAUAUUAUACGCCAGAUGCAAAGCAAAUUUACAACAGAAUUUCCAAAAAUGUACACAUUUCUCGCAAGGCAAAUACUAAUGAUAGAAAAGCUGAUUACGUUGACAAACAACAAUCUUCGGAGAAAGUCUCGGACAACCUUAGAAAAUGCGAAACAGAAGAAGAGAUAAAAAACGAAAAUCCACUUUUUGAAGACAUUACAACACACGACCAGUUUUAUGGUUUCUGCAAACGACUUGAAGUUCCAAAAGAACAAAUGAAAGCUUGUACCAAUAACGAAAAUAAAAUAUUAAAAAAUGGUGUUAAAACUUCUACUUCGCCUCAGUUUGAACAUGAAAAAGUAGCUCCAGAGAAAGAAAUUUAUCCAAAAUAUAACCCUCCACAAAAGGUUAUUCUAAAACCACACAAUGAAUAUGAUUUGGCAAGAAAGAAUCAAACAUCGACUUCAAAUAAUCUUGAUAACCACAUCAUGUAUUUAAGUUCUGACAAAAAGCCUCAGAUAACAGAUACCGAGCUUAAAGCAAUCCAAAGACAAGCCGUUCUGUCUUUUUAUCAACGACAAAAAGCCUUAUAUUCAACAAGCGCGAGAGUCGCGGAACAAGAUUUACCGAUUUCUAGUUUUCACAGUGAACAUUUGCGUGGUGCUAGUGAUACGCUAAGUCAGGAGAAGCAACUGAUCAAUGCCAGUGUUUCUCAAAACCCAUUACACGCUUCUCAUAAACUGGUGACCGGCACACUGGAUCCACGUAAUAAUGUUUUUCGAAAUGGAACCUCAGAAUUUAUCCAGAGUCAUAUUAUACCAAAUGAAAACAGCUGUUCUUCUUCUAAAAAAGAGGUCUCUGAAGAACAUAAACACAACCAAGAAAGAGCUUUGAACCAUAAAAGCAGCCUUUCUGUGACAAAGUCACAAAGACUUUCCUCCGAAACAUUUCUACAGAACUCCAAUUUACGACCUCGAAAAAACAUUAGUUCAGACCACUAUAUGAAAACAAAGGGUGAGCCAUCCGCUACCGAACCAAUAGCUUCAUCUGCCUUAGAAGAAGAGACAAUCAUAACUAAAAUGCUAGAAGAUAAAGAGAAAAUUAAAAGAAUGGGUGAACUUUCUGGGAGCGGCAUCAGAUCAGUCCUUCCGCUGAGUGUUCCGUCUUCUGUGACCUGCAAAGAACAGUCAGUGAAGUUAGAGAAAGUGCCAAGGGUCAUAAAAGACCUCAGUUUCGGGAAAUCCCCACGCAAAGCCCAGCUUGAGGAGGUUCAUUAUCCCAAUAAUACAUCUACUCUAAGGGUUAUCACUGAAGACGGCAUUAUACCGCUUGAUACUACCAAUACUCAAGCUAAAAGAAACUUGAUUGCUGCACCGCCUAAGCAUGUUAACAAGCCUCCUGCUCCUCCUCCUCCACAACAUUGCCCAACGCGUCCUCUACCACCUAUACCAACUUCAGAUCAAGACACUGAAUCUCUAGUUUGCAAAAACAACGUUGAUGGCGAUGAUGAUGAACUUAGGCGAAUCACAAGUUCUCAGUCUUGCCAGUCAACAUCACUUGGAGAAGCGUCGAUAUGUUCUAGCCCAGAGCUUCCACUUCCACCUCCUCCGCACACGACAGAUGUUGUGGUUCAACCGUCAAGUGAACCUUUACCUCCGCCUCCAGACUCCUGUGAAGUGAUAAUUGACACUUCAACGAGAACAAAUUCCUUUCAGAAUUUAAGUAUGUCUUACCAAACUGGAUUCGAAGAUAAAAAAUACAAAAGCACAGGAAAUGUGACUAAUCAUCAAUUACAGCACCCGUUGUCACCCAGCAGACAAUCACCAACACAGGUUAAAGGUUGCGUGAAAGAUCCGAUCAAUUCUGAGUAUAAACAUACUUACAUACCACAAAACACUACUGGACCACGCUUAUCUUCAUACUCUCCGACAGGGCAUUUUAAACAUUAUAGUACUUUCUUAAUAAGUGGAGAGGAAGAUUGUAGUAAGGAAGGUCAAAACAUUUCUGCUUUAAACAACUACCAAGGAUCCUCAUCAUCCCAAUCUGGUGGCAUCGGUGUUAUUCCACACUCUUGGGAUGAUGAUUUUAUUGAAAAUAGGCAAAGAAACACAAUGACAUGUCAUCCAUAUUGUAACUCCCAUACAUGUAAUGUUAACCAAAACUUUAUGGAAAAGAGAGUCAGUGACAACGUGACUGCAGAAAUUGUUGACUCCCAUUGUUCUGGUGUGACUAUCAAAUCGAAGUCUGUAAGGCAUAGCCCUUUUGAAGAAUUAAAAACUACAAGUGUUAACCCUAAUAAUCAGUCAUCUGCUGAAAUGUUGAAAGAUGUUUUUUCAGUGCCAAAUUCUUCACUGUCUGAACCUUCAUUGGUGUCGCAUUCAAAUGAUAUAAGAACACUGAAUGUUUUAACUAGUCAAGAAAUGUCAUUCCCAGUACUCCAGUCCAUACCUUCUUCAUCUUCUAAAUGUGAUAGUUCUGUCACCUUUAGUUCUAAGUCGAGCCCUAAAGCUUUUCCUUUUCAACUUCAUACGUCUUCAACCGACCAUUCCUUUGGCAAUUUUCCUGAUUCUAGUGAAGCUUGGUACGAGAACGUUUCAGAACUCAGAAAAGAAAUUAUGUCACCUACCUAUGCCAAUAUAUCCAACGAGCAACAACAACAAAUCAAACCUCCCUCACCUAUGUCUCUAACUUAUUCCAACCUUAGUACUGCAUACCAAAAAGAACAGAAUUAUACUCCAACGCCAGAGGCUGCAUUGUCUGCUGAGAACAGUACUAGGCCUCAAGUACCACAACCUUAUUCUACUAGCAAUAUUCUGCACCAAGAUAAACAUAAUUUUUUCUCAGAAACAAAACGUUUACCUUCAUUAUUUAUUGAUAAUAGCAUUAAGAGCCAAAUUGAACCAACAUAUUCAAACAGCUUCACUGUCGAGUCGGAGAAACAGGAUUCUUUUUUAAUUCUAAACGAUGCAUCUUCAGUGUCUUUAGAUAAUAGCGUUAAGCACCAGGUAUCACCAACGUAUUCCAAUAUUUGCACUAUAAACUCGGAAGAACAGAAUUCCUUCUCAAUUCCAGAAGAGGUAUCCUCAACGUCUUUUGAUUGUAAGGUUAAACGUCAGAUGUCACCAAUAUAUUCCAACAUAUCAUCUGUGGACCUAGAAGAGAAUAAGUUUUACUCAGUGCCGCAAGAUGCAUCUUCAAUGUCUUUUGAUAAUAGUAUUAUGUGUCAGAUAUCACCAACGUAUUCUAACAUCUGUACUGUGCAAGAACAACAAAAUUUCCCAUACAUGUCAGAUAACUCAUCCCCGUCAAGCAUUGAGACCAUGAAGAAACAACACAUUUCAUCAGAUUAUUCCUGUAACUCUAGUGUUAAUCAGGUAAAAAAUGAAAUGUUUUCACUGACAGAAGAAAAUGCUUUUAAGAAUAACAGUGUACAAAACUGUGCAGGAAGUGAUACUAACGCUUUUUUAAGUAGUAAUAGAAUAAGUAGCUCAACACAAACUACGGAUACUCCAACACUUUCACGAAAGCGAAAAUCUAAAGAAGAAUUAGAAUGUGAAAAAUUAUCUCAAGAUUUCGCAAAUUACUGUGGGGAUGCAGUUUUAAGAAGAUUGCUUGUACCAGAUCCCAAUCACAAAACCAUGUCCGACUAUUUGAAAGGAUUGUUCAACUUAGAACUUGAGAGAGGAGGUCAACCUAUGAGAAAAAUCAAAUCAACUAAAGUUACAACACCAGAAGGAACCAAAGCGUUUGCUCAUCAAACUUCGGAGAACAGUGAAGAAAAAGAACUUCCUCACGACAGCGCAUAUUUUACAACGUCCGAACCCAAAGCUAAGUUACUGACCAGAUAUGGAAAAAAUGCAGAUUACCAGAAAUGGGCUUCACAGACAGAAAUUACAGAAAAGAAGGAAGAGCUGAUACCCAGUAUUGACCGUAAAUUGCAAAUCCUUCGAGCAGAACAGAUUGUAAUUCGCGAAGAAAUGAUCCAGAAUGAAACCCUAGGAGACGGUGUUACAUCACGGGUGGAAGAAAGUGCUAAACCUAAUGAAAUAGACAAAUACAAGCUACAUGUGGAAGAAAUGGAAAAAAUAAUUAAUCUGUUACUGUCUAUCUCUGGACGACUAGCACGUGCUCAAAAUGCACUCUCGUGCCUGCCCCAAGAUGCUGCGGAGAAGGAAAAAUGUGUGUUAAAGUCUAAGUGUGAAAAACUUAGUUCACAAUACGAAGAAGCUCGACGGUUGAAAGAGAGUAUAGACAAGCGUAGUCAACAAGUGGCAAAGUUCCUCCAACAGUACCUUUCUGGAGACGAAUAUGCGGACUAUGAACACUUCAUUAAGAUGAAAUCAAAGUUGUUAAUCGAUGCUCGUGAGAUUGACGAAAAAAUCAAACUGGGAGAAGAACAGCUCGCUGCCUUACGCAGUAGCACCGACUUCACAGUUUCGCAUCGGAAAACACCUACUGUUGCGGAAACCAUCCAUUAAACAGUCUCCUACUGUUUGGUCUCGAAAGGCUUCAGGAUUUAAGCGUACCAAAUAGUAGUGUGAUGACUGAAUAUCACUUUCUUGAAUUUCCUUAUCAGCUAUAUAGUUUCAAAUGUCCAAAUGGAUAUCGCGAGAUACUCCUUCCUGUAGCAUUUAGAGCAAUUUUGUGUUAUAUUAGUAUUAAUUCUGUUUGUAAAGAAAAGGGUAGAAGAAGCAUUAUAAAUUUUCUUUUAUUCGUUGUUCCGUUUAAUUUUUUUUUAAAUAUCUUGCAUAAUAUAACUGGAACAGCAUGAUCAUAAACAUUUCGAUAUUUUUCAAUGAUUUCUAACCUAACGUAAAUAGAAGAAAAAAAAGUGAAUUACUUUUAUAUAUCUACAAUUUUCCGAAAUGUUUUUGAGGUAUGAUUCUUGUUACAUAUGAUAUAAAGUUAAUAUUUCUUGAGAAAUAAUGGAAGUGGAAAAAUAAACAGGAUAAAAAGGUAUAGUAUUUUUUGUAGAAGGAAAGUGUGUCAUUGCCAGUCUGCCCUAUAGUAACUUAUGAGUAUAGUUUCAUGUACGUUUAAUAAUGCCAGCAGGUUUUUGUAAAUUACCCAAUUUUUGAAAGGAAAAACAAGCUUUAGUCAAUUGAUUCUUUCAUAGUAUCAUUGUACAUGCCAAAUCAAUGUUUCAGGGGAAUUUUGUAAAAGCUGCUACGCAUUAUGUAAAUAUUAAAGCAAAGCUUAGGGAACUUCAGGAGUUUUUAUUUGUGAUAUAGGCUUAUAUAAAUAUAUAUAUUCGAUAUGUACAAAUAAAUAUUGCAUAAGUUGACAGUCUAAACGCGUCUUUAAUUUCCUACACCAACGAUAUAAAAUCAGGGAAUGUGUAUACGGUGCGAGAAGUGUAAAAUUUGCUAAGCGAAAAUAUUUAAGUACGAAGACUUUAAACAUGCUUCUAAGUAUUACUGUACUUGUAAUGAGUAAAAUUAAUUAAACUCAUUUUAGUAUAACACAAUAUUGGAUACAACAAGAUUUUUCAGCAUGGUUUUAACUUGAUCUUGCAUUACACUGUUUACAUGCAUGAUGUACAUGUAUCACUGUUUGAGAAGAAUCAAUAAAAUUUAGUUAAAGUGCUAGUGUUUUAAAUGCAAUGAUGAGGAGCUGUAUCUUUAUAAGUAUGUGUAUAGUUAAUAUCUGAAUCUGGAAGUAGACUAGAGGUAAAGUGCGACAAGAAGCUUAUUUGGUUUACCACAUUUAAUUUUUUUGUAUGCUAAGUUAAACUGAUAAUAAAUUCCUAAGUUUAUA